UUAGAUAUUGUCUGUUUCAUAAAAUGGAGUUAAUUGAGAGCGAUGGCUUUAAGCCAAAUUCAAAAAUAUAUUCCUAUGGCGAUUGGAUCUAUCACAAAUGUCAAGGCACAAGUAACCGUUACUACUGCGCGCAGCAUUCAACUAAAUUUGCCUGUCCAGUCGUACUUAACAAAUGCGAUGACGGAGAAAUUAAAGUUGACGAAUCCGAACACAAUCAUAUUCAACCAAAUCGGAAUACGAAGUUGGAAAUAACGAAAAAAUUAAAAAAAGAAGCAUUAAGUAAUUUACCAGUACAUGAAAUUGUUAAUAAAGUUUUGAAAAUUUACAAGAAUCCAACAAUCAACGUCGCAGCUGCUAGACAAAUAGUUAUUAGAACUAUUGCAGAACAUCAAAAAGAUAGUCCAAGUAAUAUGUUUGAACUGUCUGAAUAUUUACAAAGCAAUGAGUUGUAUUCACAAUUUUUUGUUGGAGAAGCAAUAACUAAAAAUAGAAAAGAGAUUGCUGUAUUUUUAGGAUCAACUAUGCUAAUAAACAAAUUGAAAAGUAGCUGCAGAAUAAAUUUAGAAGCUUAUCAGCUUUUAACGUUUCAUUUACACGAAGGAAAUAAUGGAAUUACUGCUCUAUACAUCUUAUGCAGUGCAAGAAGCUAUGAAUUAUACGGUUGUAUUUUUAAAAAAUUGAAAGAAAUGAAAAUUUUGAAUUUCACAAAAGCAAUGUGCCCCUACGAUCAUAUUAUUGUGGAAACCUUAAAAGAAGUAUUACCUGAAGUAAUAAUCAGAGGAUCAUUGUUCAGCUUCGUAAAGCUAAUGACUAGAAAGUGGUCAUCUCUUGAUUUGCCGAAAGACUAUACUCACACAGUCUUCAAAACUAGCAUGAUUUUAAAACUAUUACCACCUGAAAAAGUUAAGGAAGGAAUAAAAGUGGUAAAACACCAAGCAGAGCUUGAAUCUGACAGAUUUGAAGAUCUUCUUGCUUUUGCAAAAUUCGCUGAAAAGUGUUCACCUCUGAUUGAAGAGUCAACGUUCACUGGCGACAAUAUCAACGAAGCGAUUGACUAUGCAGAAUCCCAUAAUUUACAUAUGGUGAAACAACUGGGAAAACAUGAAGGUCUCCAUUCUUUUCUGAAUUUGAGCAAAAGUAGAGGAAAUCAUAAUAAGAUGAAAGUCAAUGUCAGAGUAACGAAGUCUAUUGUAAAAGAACAAGAGAAAUUUAAGAACAAAAAUCAAACUGUAGAAAAAUUUCUAAAUUUUAUAAUGCAAACAAAUAUGGAGAAAUUUUUAAUGUUGCAGUCGUCAUGGCCUCAGUAUCGUGAUGAUGCAGGGAAAUUACUUCGUUUGCCAAACUUUCAUUGUUACCAUCUUGAAAGCAAACCAAGUGAAGAUUGCGUGUAUUGUAUGACCGAAAAAGCUUGUGUACAGAUAAAUCUCUGUAAACACGUGAUUGCCUGCAUGACAUGUUGGAUUUUCAAUUAUUACUCGAUGAAACGAAGGAGAUGUCCAUUAUGUAGAACAAUAUACGAUAAAGUCACUAUUCAUUAA